AUGGCCGACCAGCUCAAACAUACCAAGAAUGCCAUCAACGCGAAGAAGCAGGAGAUUGCCCAGGAAGAGGCCCAGCGCGCAGAAUGGGCCGAACAGCUGGCCCAGAUGGAUGCGCUGCUCAAGGACACUGGCGACAACGACGAAAUGAAGUCCAUGCGCAAUGAGAUGGUUCAAACCAUUGCCGCCCACGACGCCAAACUCGACCGCCUCCGCCCAGAGCUGGCCGCCCUCGAAUCUCAGUUGCCUCAUGCCCCGGCUGCUGCCGAGCCUGCAGGCCCCAAGUUCGACCCCGAGAAGCAUCCCGUUCUGCGCAAGACCAUGGAGAAGCAGGAACCCGAAAAGACAGUCACCUUUAGCAUUGGUGACAUCUGCGAGGCCCAGUGGACCGACAGGUCCUGGUACAAGGCAAAGAUUCAGAGUAUCCUGGGUUCCGUCUCGGCUCCCAAGUACCUCGUCCGCUUCAUCGAGUACGACGACACCAUGACCGUCGACCGUACCGCCGUCCGCCCUCUUCCAACAAAGCGCAAGCGAGAACCCGAGACAGCCUCGACCUCGACCCCGACCCCUUCGGCCCCCGUCACCUCUUCGCAUGUCAUCUCUGGUCCUGCCACGACGAAUCCCAACGCUGUGGCUGCCAAGCCUGCCGGCGCCAACGAAGACAUGGUCAACAAGAAGCCCAGCCGAGUUCCUACAAAGGGAACCCUGAAGAAGCGCGCUUCGGCUUGGGCCGACUUCCAGAACAAAGUCUCCAAAAAGGGUGUCGCCAAAAAGGAGUCCAUGUUCCGUACCAGCACCGAGGCUGGCAGCAGAGUCGGCUUCACAGGCUCUGGCAAGGGCAUGACGGAGACCCACAAGCGUCAGCGCUACGAUCACAAAGCCGAUGCCGACAACAACGACGACUACCCUGCCUAA